AGUGUGAUGUCGCGGUUUGAUGACGCACAGAAUCUCGGUGACCGUGAGUGACAUGUUGAAAGGAAGGAAAGCGUGGUGACAAAAAUGAUGAAUUUAGCCGCUUUAGUGCAUAGUCUCAGAUAUUCUUUGCUACACAUUGAAAGAAGACUUCUGCAGGCAGCGGGACUGGACAGACAGCUGGCUCCAGCACUGGCAGUGAAUGGCCCCAGCCUCCUUCCUCAGCUCGACAAGGAGGAUGAGCUGGAAGAGCAGCAGAGCCCACAGCAGCCCCCUGGCCUCCUAGGCAGCAUCUUGUGGAUGGCAGCACCCAAGAAGAGACGUACUAUAGAGGUCAACCGCACCAGGAGGAGGGCUGACAACAAGCUGCUAAAAGUGAAGAACAACAUUGAGCCGUGUCUGGAGUGUGGCCACUUGAAGCAGAAACAUAGCUUGUGUGGCUUCUGUUAUGCUAAGGUGUGCAAGGAGACAGCUCUGAUUCGGCAACAGAUAGAAGAAAUGGAAGGCGGCCCACUGAGGGCCCCGACUGUGGAGACUGUUGUCCUGUAUGAGGGUGAGACGCCAAGCCAGCAGGACAAAGACAGGCGGAUUGUGGAGCGGGCCAGGAAGAGGCCUGCCUGGUUCAGCUAAUGAUGCUGAGAUAUUAAUGAAAUAUACCCUCAGACCAGCACAGAUCUGGUUGGAUACAGACUGAUGCUUUAGUUGAUAUAGUAAACAUUUUGUCCAGUCUGUCAUUCUGUAAGUGAAAGAGGUUCGUGAAUCAGUUUUGUUUCUACAAACAAAUCCCAUGAAAGUAUUGUUUGGUCAGCACUGAUACCAGGAGUCUUGCUAAAUACUGGCACUUCAGACAUCCAUUUUCCCGUAUCUCUGUGAGCAUGCUGUACUAUAACAACAAGGUGUGGUUGGAAAAAGUUCAAAGAUUUUGGCGUUUUUGGCAUCGAACAUCUUGGUUUAGUUUUAGUCAUUGUUCGAACUUUUUUUUUUUUUCAGAACAAGUUUGACACAUUUUCAACUGAAAGAAUUCAAUAUGUGGUACUUGAAUAUUUGAAUAAAUAAAACUCUGCUCCAGUGCUAUUAGCAUGAUACAGGAGGAUUACGAGUGUUAGCCUGCACCUUUUAUUAAGACUACAAGUUUUGUCACCCUCUGAUUAAUCCUGAGUGGUUUAAUUCCAACCGUAAAAUGGAUGAAAUUUGGAUGGAAGAUGGACACAAUCUAUUUAUUGGCGAGUGGUUUCAUCUCAGAACGUCAAAGAUGGAGAAGCAACAUGGAAUCAGAUUUCUUAAGGUUUCACUUCUUUUAAUCUAAAAACUGUAAUUGAUAGAUAACAAGUGAUGACUGUUUGUAAAUGAAUACUAGAAUCACUGUAAUAUCCCUGCUCAUAUUAAAUAACACAUUAAUUGCCUACUCUUAUGUUGCUGGAACAGACUCCUUGCAUACCUUCCAUUGCCUCAGUCACGCCAUCGUACGCCCUCUGAUUCAAUUUCACCCCCACAGUUUGAUGAAGGUGGGUGUUGCCAGUGUCCCCAUGACAGCACAAGUAACCAGAGUUUAAAGUGAUAUUCCAUCAAGGAGCUUCAAAUACUCACAAAGCACUGAAGUAGCAAACAAUUCACUGAUGGAGGUCCAACUGUUGUCUGCAGACAGUAAUGAUACACAACAGAAAUGUAAUGUAGAAAACAGUUUCUGCCAUCACAUGAGUUUUUUCAGUUUCAGAGGUCUGGAAAGCUUUCUAUUGCACAAUGCCACAGCUCAAAUCCUGCUAUGUUUAUCUGUGCCAGUAAACAUUAAGUGUAAAUCCAGCAAGGUCUUUUAAUUGCGUCUCAAUCUUUUUUCGCAGCCAUCCAUCGUAAAUGAAAUAAAAUGAUACCAGAAGAACA